GCUCCCACUCUGCAGUAUAUAGUACUCUGUCUCUCUACACAGUUUCUUAUCUGUUAUGUGUUAGAUCAUGCUGUUUCUUAUCUUCAGUCUAUAUCUAUCGUUCCCUGCCCGCCUUCUGUCCGGUUCAGUAAAGCAGGUUUUUAAAGAGAUAGAUGUGAACGAAGACAGAGCCAUCUCUCAGACAGAGCUAUCAUCGUGGUUCAACUUCCAGGAUAUAGAAUACCUCAAGAGCAACGCUAGAGAUCACUUCAGCAUGUUCGACAAAAACAGAGAUCAGACAGUGUCUUGGGAAGAGUAUGCUACGAUAGCGUUCGGGGCAACACAUACCGAAACCUGUAACGAGGUCUACAACGACAAGAAACCUGCAGAAUUCUCCAAACUUGGUGACCAGGUGCAAGAAGCUAUAAUGACAGCAGUGAGACGAUGGCGAGCAGCAGGAGGCUGGUCAAUGGGACAAGAGGAGUUCACAGGCUUUACUUACCCGGAACUCUUCCAACACAUGAGAAACGUGGUGGUUGCUGAAGCGUACCAAACCUACGACACGAACAGAGAUGGAAAGGUAUCUGCACACGAACUUCUGACUAAGAAAUUCAAACUUACUAAAGAUCAAGUUGAAGCAUUCUCUAAAGGUAAUUACGAUAUAAAAGACACCCCAAACAUGCUGGGACUGAAAGAUCGGAACAAUAACGGAAUAUUCGAGAAGAAAGAGCUGAGUUACUGGUUGAUGGAGAACAGACGAAUGAUGAGAAGAAAAGAAGCGGACUCUUUAUUUGCAGCCAUAGACUCUGACAAUAACACAAGGAUAUCCUUACCAGAGUUCCAGAGAAACUCAAAUAAGAUUAAAUCGAGUUCUAUAGGGAGGUAUAUUGAUAUUAGAGAGGAGCUGUAGUAUCACAUCACGUCACGUCACGUCACGUCAUUCAAAGUGAUAUGACGUUUUCUUGAGGUAAAUACUUUCCAAGUUCCCAAUAUUUCUGGAUGUUGUGAUAACCGUUAUCAGCUUUAUUUGUCUUUUUGUCAUUA